CCCCUUCAUCUCCUUCUCCCCGUCGUCGUGUCGUCUCCACCUCCAGCAAGCAACGAGCAACCCAAGUCAAGUCAAGUCAAGUCGACGUCGACUUCUUCUCGUGGACCCUGGCGAUAGCGCACUCAGACGCCGCAGGGCGCUCACAUUGAGGGUCAUUCGACGCCGAUCAUCCUUCUGAUCGACGUCUUGGAAGACAGCUGAGCAAGCAAGACAGCAGCCCGUCGUUUGGCACACGGCACACGCCAUCCGCUCUCUGUGGUCGCGUCGUCCAACGCGGACCGCCCACCGUAGCCUUUCACCAUCAUCAUGUCCAUGUCAUCCGAUGAGCAGAAUGCUGCCUUCUUGUCUGAGCUGCAGCGCUCUCAUCAACAACAGCAACAGCAGCAACAUCUUCAGCAGCCACCGCCUCCUCGAUCAUCGGUGAAUGACGCGCAGCAGCAGCAGCAGCAAGGAGGAGGAGGAGAAGAAAACGACCAGCCACCGCGCAAGGCGCAGCGUAGAUCGUCGACUGCUACUGCAAAUCAGUCACACGCCUCUGCUUCAUCGCCAUCCACUUCAACGGAUGCACCGCCGAGUGGUCCGCCAUACCUCUGCCCGACCUGUCAGACGAGCUAUUCGAGACUCGAGUACCUGAGGCGUCACGAGCGAAGACACCAAGACAUCCGCCCCUUCGUCUGCGAAUGCGGCAAGAGCUUCUCCCGCAGUGACGUCCUCUCGCGUCACAAGCGUCAAUGCCAGUUUCAUCUCACGGGCGAGAAGCCAUCCGCAGAGGCAGUCGACGCCGCAGCAGCAAAGAAGGCUCGCAAGCCAUCAGCGGCAAAGGCAAAGGCGAGGAAGAACAAUGGACCAGAUGAUGCUUCACCUGGCGCGUCUACCUCGUCGUCUUCGAUGGCUACGCCACGCAAGGGAGCAUCGCAGAUAAAGACGAGGGAUUCGCCGCCUGCAUCAUCGAUGAUCAACCAGCCGGGCGUGUAUGCCACUGCGUCUCAGCCAGGCGCACCUCCUCCGCUCUUACCUCACUCGAGCGGACCAGGGUCAAUUGGAUUACCUCCCCCACCGCCAUUCUACAAUCAAGGGGCAUCCGCCGCAAGCCACGCCCCGAACCCGCAGAACACGGCGCCGAAUGACUUUGCUCGUCAGAGCGGCUUCAUGUCUGCCAUCUCUCAGGCCCUCAACAAUUUUCAGAGCAACUCCAACGCAGCAAAUUAUCCGCCAAGCCCCGAGUCGAGCGCAAGCCUCAACAACUCGCGCAACUCGUCCCCUCGCCUGCCGUAUCGUGAUGCCAUCCCGUACACGCAGCGCUCUGGUGGCGCAGGCGCAUCGCGUCAGAGCUCGCUCCGCAAGCCCACGUUGGACCUCUACCACAAUGCGGCGCAGUGGGCAGAGUCGCACGACGCAGGCAACCGUGGUUCACCCGCACCAGGGUCAGCGCCUGGCUCCCGCCCAGGCUCCGUCUAUGGCGGGUCGAGCUCGCGUACGUCACAGGCCAAUUCAACUGCGGCUGCCGUCAGCGCCGCCAUCAAUGCUGCCGCCGCUAACAACAGCGGUGCAUCAACGACCGCCGCUCCAGCCUUUUCUUACCCAGCCAACGAGUUUGGGGGCGCAGGCUCUUCCAGCUCGAGCGGGCCUUCUAAUCAAACGCUCGUCGCUGCAAACGAUUCAUCCCGCAACAACAGCGGCUCUGGCGGAACCUCUGGCCCUAACGCAGGCGACACGAGCCGAUUCGCCGCUCUUUCAACAGGCCCGCUCUCCCCCUUCUCAGGCAUGGGCCUCAACUCGAUGAGCCCUUACCUCAGCGCCUUCUCCAACGCACGCGACACCCCUCUCGUCGCCAGCCCCGGCCGCGGGAUCGCCCCCGGCACGCCGACGUCUUCGAUAAGUGGCAACGUCUUUGACUACACGAUGCGCCCUCCCGCUAAGCCAGCGAGUAGCACAACGCCGGGCAAGUCAGGCUCGGGGAGCGGCGCUAGUGCUGCUGGUGGUACAUCAGAGAAGCCCUCUAGCAUUGGCAUCCCGGCCUCGGCAGCCGCAGGAUUGAAGCGCAAAGACCUCUCCGAGAAGGAUGACCCUGAGACUCCCUCCGCGUCAGUCAGCAUGUCCACCUCUGAGUCCGGAGCUCUGCCUGCCCUCGCCGACUUCAUCGAUGAUCAGCAGCGCACGGCCGCCAAUGGCUUGCUCACCCUGCUCGGCGGGGGAGGUCAGGAGACCCCGUCCCGCUUCGUUCGUAGUGAGGCCGGAGGAAACAACGAUUCAUCGAAUCGCAAUCGCGCUGGUGCGGGUGGCAACAACGCCAUGGACAACAAUCCGGGGACUACCUCUGCUAACCCUUCGUCUAAUCCUUUUUUUGAGAGUGCCGUCACUUCCGGCCCGGAGGCAUUUCUUUUGCGCCUUCAAGGUGGCGAGCAAGAUCGAAGGGCAGGACUGCUGGGUUCGACGAAUGGCAACGGCUCAUCGUCGUCAAGCAAUGCAAAUGGCAACCCCAGCGUAACGUCUAUCGCAAAUGGCAGCGGCAGCAACGGUACCCACAUCGCAUCCUCGCUGCCGCCCAGCGCGAACUUAUUCGACACACCCGGCCUCGCGCCUUGGGACUUUGGUGGCGUGACGAGCUCACAUGGGCAGUCAAGCAGCGUGGGCUGGUUGUUGAGCCCUUCCGUGCAGACGCUCAUCUCCUCGUUUGCUGGCGGCACACCGCACGGCCCUGGUGAGGGAGGGAGUUACUUCCCAAUGUCGAGGCGUACGAGUGGACUCAACGAGGUAUUUAAAGACAAGGAGGGCAGCGCGGCUCUGGCCAUGGAGACGCCGGGGUCGCAGAGUCUUGAGCGAACGAGCUCCAAGGAAUCGGUUGCUCAGCCGGAGACGGGAGUCACGACGCCUUCAUCCACCAAUGCGGCUGCUGCAGUAGCACCGGCACCGACACUCGCUGCGACAAAUGGCAAUAGCCAAUCGGCGCUCACGACCAAUGGCACCUCCGAAGCCUCUCGCAUCGGCAAUCUAGCCCUAGAACGCGCACUCGAGGACGCGAACAACCCCUUCUACCUUCCUAAGUCCAUGUUCCGCCCCUGUUACAACAUUCCGCACUGGGACCUCCCACCCCUCACGCGCUUGAGCGUCCUAGCCAUGCAUGCGCAGCAAAACUUGCUCAAGCAUGUGCCCAUCCUCCACGAGCCUACUUUCCGCCUCGAUACCACGCCCGGGUGUCUGGCUUUCGCUGCUUGUAUGCUUGGAUGUCACGAGGCCGGAAGGCGCUGGUGGGCAGGUGAAGAGGUCGUUCCGCCCCCGCACACUUUCAAGACCGGCGACUCCCAGAUCAAGAAGGAAGACGUGAGUGAUGAGUCCAAGGCUACACUUGAGCAAUCCACAUCCACCACCAGCAGCAAACCUCUCAUCGACGAAUCUGACGGCCUUGACCUGGUCAAGCCCAUAGUCAUGACAGAGAAAGUGGACAUGCUCACUCGCUCUUUCACCUCCGGACGAGCUCAAUCAGAAAAGGACAGGAUCUCCGUCAUCCAGGCCUUGAUGGUUCAUCAGACACACUCCUUCCUGUCUGCCGACUCUACCACUCGCGGAAUUGCUUGCAUGGCGCAUGGCUCGCUCGUUUCUGCGGCGAGGAAGGCAGGAUUCUUCGAUAUUGAGGCCAAGCAUGCCACGCAGGAAGUGUCGUAUACUGCGGCUGACGUGGCGAAGGGUGUGGCAGAGGAGAAGAAUGACCUUUGUUUCGGGUUCAGCUACCUGCCUUCUUACUUGCCGGGCUGCCCAGAUGAGGAGAAGGUCUGGAGGCAGUGGUGCGAUUUCGAGGGGCGGAGGCGGACGGCCUGGCUCCUCUUUCUCAUGGACACAGUCGCGGCGCUCGAUGCGGGAUUAGAUACGCUUGUAGAGUUGGAGGAAGUGAGGCAUCUGCCGCUGCCCGUACCCGAUACGAUUUGGAGGGCUAGCGACGCGGCUGCUUGGAAGGGGGUAUUGGAUGCGUAUCACGGGCUCAGUUUCGACGAGGCAACGCAGGCCAUCUUUGCGGAUGACAAGGCCGCCAGCAAAGCCAACGGCAGCCAAGGCAAUCACAUGGAAGUCGACGACGAAGGAGCCAAUGCACCAGCCGAAUCCGACGCGAAGGCCAGAAGCAUCAUCGGAGGCGCGUAUGGCCCCUUUGCCCGCCUGAUGAUGAUUCUACCUAUCCUCCGUGGGAUUGUUCACCUCCUACACCGUCGCGCUGCCAAAGCGGGCGCAGACGCCAAAGACUCGUCAUCCUCCGACGCCAAGGUCUCCCCAAUCUCCUCCUGGCUUCCCAGCACCCACUCGAGCAAAGACGACGUCGCCGUCUUCGAGCGUGCGCUGAGGCGUUGGCGUUCAGCCUGGGAUGCCGAUAAUCUCUGCCUGCAUGCUUCUAGCCCUGUUGCGCAGGCUAAGGCCGAGGCUGAGGCGAGAGCGAAGGAGCAGGCUGCUAAGCUGGCUGCGGCUAAAGAAGCGGAAAAAGAAGGCGAGAAGGAGAAUGGCGAGAGAGCAGUACCAGCAGCCAACAAGGAUGUUGCUGCCUCACCACCCGUCUUUACUAGCAAGACUGCCUCUGGCGCGACACCGCUCUGCGAGGACGCUCUACCAUUCUACUGGCUGAGCCACGUCCUUCUCGGGCACGCCAGCGGGCGCAAGGUCUCUGCACCAGGUAUGCCCGCCAGCAAGGGCGAAGAAAAGGACGGCAAGCAGACGGGAGACAAGGCAUCUAUCCCUGACUUGAGGUCUAUGCUGCGCUUUGCCAAGACAUUCGUCAAUGCGGGGGAGGGCGCAAGUGAAAGCGCCGGCGCUGAUGGCAGCAACGGUGUAGGCGCGAACAAGCUGCCCGCAGCUUCAUCGUCGGUGAUGACUGGUACCGAUGAUCAAAAGGACUCGAUCUCGUAGGACGACGCUUUAGAGG